AUGUCGUCGACGUCGAAAGCUUGUAUUUUAGGUGCUUCUACGUUUAGUAUUUUUAUGGUGUAUAUUGUUCAUAGCAAUCAGAUCGCGGAAAAGCAGAGAAUGUCGGCAGGUGUAGAGAAAGAUCAGGAACGAAAACGCAUGAAGCAAAGCCGUUUUGAUGAUUUGAAUAAACAAAGAGCCUUGUACGAUUUCUAUGAGAAGGAUCAACCGAUUACGAAAAAUUCAGACGGCUCUUCCUGA